CCUAUUAAUAGCAACUAAACUAAAAAAUGGAAUACAAAUCUAAAACUACUGUCAGCUACACUUUAUUCUUGUACCGUGAGGAAUUGCGUCGCUCUCAAUCACGUUUUACACAAUUAAAUCGUACGAAAAUUUCUCUUACCGACAAAUUGAUCGCGAAAAGUGUUCGCAAUUUGGAAAAAUGUUACAUAGAAGAUUUACAUGCCAUCAAUCGAGAAAUUUUAUUCAAAAAGAAAUUGAAGUAUCAAAUACAACGCAGUAAACAAUUGCAGAAAUUGCGCUUGAAAGAUGUUAAUCCAAGUAAAAUACCAUUAACGGAAUUGUGA